AGCUUUGCCGAUCGCGGAUUCGUUUCGGUUUCGUUUCAGUGAAGCAAUAUGGCGUCAAAUGAUGGGGAGAUUGACGCUGAGCAAGCACUACAAGAACUUUUAGAAAAAAAUGCCGAAUCUAUCGAAACUAUGACAUUACGGAUAGUAUUUUGCAAUCCAAUCGGAGGUGACCCAUUCUCUGCAGCUGUCGUAAUAACCCAAGAAAAUCUGAGCGCAUUAUACGAUUAUCCGAGUCAGCGAACUAAUCUGUUUAAGUUCAAGCAUGUUUGGGAUGUCGAGAAACUACAUAAACUUAUAAACAUUAAGAGAAGACAGGAUAGUGACCAAGAUAAUUGCCCCAAAAGGAUAAAACGUGAACAUGAGUGCGAAGCUGCAGCAUUCAGAUUAUUGGAGGCGUAUCUGAAAGAUUUUGCCUAUCACCAAAAAUGUCUUGAGAAGGUGCUAUUCGGCAGCAAUGAUGUCAAGGAAUCCGCUGCCAGUGCCACUAUGGUUUUAAACACACAUCUGUUUGGACCACUCAGCGACGGAAACUGCAUUGUAGAUAACCACAUUGCAAGACAAGAACACUGUACAUGUAGCUGCGGAUGUGGGAAAGAGAUAAAAAGUGGAAAUACAGGAAUUGGAGUUUAUUCUACUUGGCAUGGCUUUGUAGAUAUGAUUGUGAAAGAAAACCUCCCUGUGACUAUUUCGGAUAUGGAGGAGCCCAGCAUGGAUGAAGAUACAACAGAGGACCAGGAUGAGGGGUCAGAAGAAAUGAAGAAAGACACUAAUACAUUGUGUGUGCAUGAUAAACAAAAAUCUGUUACCAGUCGGCUGAUUGCUGAAACCAUCACAAAUGCCUUUGCGCAGGUUAAUACAAAUGAUAGCCUUGCCGAUCUGCCAAUACCAGCCUUUGGUUGUGCCCCUCGUCAAAUUUCUGUGUAUUUAUACGACUGUAAAAACGAUGUUCUUUUAAAAAAGACUCUACCUUUACAUCUCUUCAAAAGAAAGGAUAGUGCCUCUGCUGUGGUCAUGAUAUGGCUGUACAUGAAUUUCCGAUUGUUUAUGAAAAGAGAUGUUACUGACAUCAAGGCACACUCUGAUCUCUCUGAUUUUCAGGCUCAAUUUUGUUCGUCUGAUGCGAACAUACAGGAAUUCUAUGCAAAAUUGAGAUCUGGGUUUACAGGGUGUGCACAUCCUGAUCAGCCAUCACUGACUAGUGUAGUGAGAACAGACGAAGCGUUCGGAGUGUAAGUUUGGAGAACUGAUAUGUAGACUUAGAAAAACACAAAUAUUGCCUGGAAUAUUUAGAGGUUAUCAGAUGACCCUCUCCAUAUCCUACUCCGUAUUAGCCCGGACACUCCCAUAUCAGCCUGAGGGGCCGCAGGUUUGAGGGCUGCUAUUGGUCAAGGGCUGAUAAGGAGUAGGAUAUGUAAAUGGUCAUACAGUAACCUUUUAAUCCUAUAUUACUCUGUAACAUCAACAGUUUUGCAAUAACACAUAAAACUCACAGGAAACUUAUACUUCAUGUGCUUAAUACUUGAUCUCAUUCUACCUUAAAUAAAACACACUGGGCAAAAUAGCAAAUUCAUAUGUAUAAACAGUGUGUACUCUACCAGUUUGAGGUGUGAUUUUUCUGAAAAAGUGUUCAACCAGAAGUUCAAUUGAUUUGGCAAUGUCAAGUGGAUAUAUCGCAUGCUAGGCAGAUUUGGUGCAUACUUGGAAGAUAUGGGAUGAUCCAGGAUAUGGCCUGUGCAUAGCUAACAAUAUCACACAUGCAAAAACUACACAGAUCACUCUUACAUUAGUACAUGUGUAUGAUUAACUGUAAUAUUCUCUUAAUUUUACACUCAGUUUCUACAAUGUUCAGUUGUCAGCCAUACUUUACCUCAGUUGUCUUCAGUGUUCAGUUGUCAGUGAUAUUUUAUUCUCCAUUUCUUGUACUUGACCCUCAGGUGUCUUCAAUAUUAAGCUAUCAGUGAUAUGUAUAUCUUUAUACUUUACCUCAGUUGUCUUCAGUGUUCAGUUGUCAGCGAUUUUUGUAUUCUCCAUUUCUUGUACUUGACCCUCAGGUGUCUUCAAUAUUAAGCUAUCAGUGAUAUUUAUAUCUUUAUACUUGACCUUUAGUUGUCUUCAAUAUUCCCUUGUUGGCAAUACUUUAUUCUCCAUACUCUCUGGAUCAGUUGUCUACAAUAUUCCCUUGUUGGCAAUACUUUAUUCUCCAUUCCUUAAACCGAGUUGUCUCCAAUGUUAAUUAGCCGUAAGGUGGCGCGCACUGAGGCUUCCAUUUUGCUAUGACUUAUUCCAUGUGUGUAGAGAGCAAAAGUGAGCGUAGCCCCUGGAGUAUCGAGGAUGGCAGUCUGGCCGCCUGUAUGUAAUAUUGAGUCAAGUGUAUUUCAAAAAGUACUGAAGUGAUUUUUCUGACUCAGCAAACUACUCUUUAUUAAAUGACGUGGUGCUCUUUCUUCUGUCGUUUAAUUUGGACAAACUUUCUAAGAGAUUUGCCACUUUUAUAUAACUUCUCAUCCAGAAUAUUAUGUCAAGUAAAUUUCAAAAGUUUCUCAGAGUUAUGCGCCUUUUCAAUUACUUCUGUCCAGAUUAUUUUGUCAACACAUCUACAGUGAAUAUCUUUGAAGUACUGAAUUCAAAAAUGUAUGAAACCCCCUACACAGAGGUUACUAAGGCGUACAGGAAUACGUUAUCUGUCCGCCUGUCUGAUGACACAAUUUUGUCCACAUAAUUCCUCCUACUAUUUUCUGCAAAAUUUCUUUAAAGUUCACUGAUGUAAUCAACACGAUCUGAAGUUGUGCACUUGCGAUUAAAACUUUGAUCUGUUCAUUUUUAUACGACCGUCACAUUUGACGGUAGUAUUAUGAUGGUA